UCCACUGAUGCUUUCAGUCUACCAACAUGGCUCGCUGGACUCUACUCAACUUUUUAUUUUUCUUGCUACUCUGCAGCUCCAACGGAAAAGUUGAUACUUCAAGAAGGUUCACUUUGCUGGCUCCAGAUCUGCUGAGGACAGACAGCCAGGAGAACAUCUACCUCCAGGCAGAGGGUCUGUCCUCCCCCGUCACUGUCACAAUCUCUAUCGUGGACUUCAGUAAGACCACCAUGCUCCUGCAGGACUCUGUCAUGCUCAAUCUGAACAAUGAAUUCCACACUCUCAAGUCUAUACAGCUUCCCUCAGAUCAUUUGAAGCGCGAAGAGUGGAACAAUAAGUAUGUGUAUCUGAAGGUGGAUUUUGGGGGCUACCACUCGAUGGAGAAGAUACUGAUGGUGUCCUUUCACUCUGGAUACAUCUUCAUCCAGACAGACAAGCCCAUCUAUAAACCCGGAGAUACUGUUCGAUUCAGAGCGUUCACUUCCUCUCCGUCUUUUAAGGCUUUUAACAGCACCAUCACAAUAGAUAUUCAGAAUCCCGAUGGUGUGGUGGUUAAACAAGAAUCAAAGAUCAGAGCUGUUGAUGGCGUUUUUGCUGAUCAUUUUCCUCUCUCUGAAGUUGUCAAUGAAGGAAAAUGGACGGUGUUUGCACAUUUUGACCACUGGGAGCAGAAUAAGUUCUUCUCAGAGUUCAAAGUGAAAAAAUAUGUACUUCCUGCCUUUAAUGUUACUCUGAUGCUCAGGAAACCCUUCCUUGACCUGGAUGAUAGUGAACUGGAAGUAGAGAUAUGGGCCAGAUACCUGUAUGGGAAGCCGGUCCAGGGCACGGCCUAUGUGGUGUUUGGAGUGACAAUCAACCAAGAAAUGAGGAGGUUGCCUUCAGUGAAGCAGGUCUCAAAUCUGGACGGAGGAGUGGUCAAACUGAGCAUCGAGGAGCUCAAGAGAGCUCACCCCAACAUCAGAUCUCUUGUGGGCAGCUCUGUGUAUGUGAAGGCCUCAGUGCUCACCAUGUCAGGGAGUGAUUUAGUCGAAGCAGAAAAGACUGGCAUUAAAAUUGUGGAGUCUCCCUAUGUCUUAUCCUUCAAACACAUACCAAAGUACUUCAAGCCGGGCCUCCCCUUGGACCUCACAAUCCAGGUGAGCCACCAUGACGGUUCUUCGGCCCAACAUGUCCCGGUCAAAUUAAAGCUUCUGGACGCGCCCCUGGUUGUGACCACCGGCACAACCAUCAACAUGCCGACAGAUCAACGCCAACAGACCAUCACUGCUGAGACGGUGCAGGCUGGACUGAGACCAGAGCAGCAGGCCAAACAACAGAUCACUGUUCAGCCGUUCAUUGCCUUUAGACGCCGUAAACAGAACUACCUGUACAUCUCCACAGGGACCAACACAGUGUCCGUGGGAGACAGAAUGUCCCUGAAGAUGGGCAUCACUGUUGCAGACCCAAGAUACAGACAAUACAUCACACACAUCACCUACCUGGUGCUGAAUAAAGGCAACAUCAUUGUUGCUGAGCGUGUGAAUGUGGCAGGUCAGCUGAUCACCAGUGUCGGACUUCAUAUCACCCCGGAUAUGAUGCCCUCUUUCCGUUUUGUGGCUUUCUUCAGUAUCCCCUGGGAAAGAAGGGAGGAGGUGGUGCCGGACUCCAUCUGGGUGGAUGUGGAAGAUUCCUGCGUUGGUGCGCUGAAUGUCGGGCCGGUGGAUGGUAUACCUCGAGAUUACAGGCCAGGAAAGAACUUUAGUUUCAAGAUCAGAGGUGACCCGGGGGCAAAGGUCAACCUGGUGGCCGUGGACAACGCUGUGUUUCUGCUCAACAGGGACAGACUUACACAGGGGAAGAUAUGGGGCGCGGUAGAGGACAGAGACUUCGGCUGCACCCGAGGGGGAGGCCAAAAUGCCCUGGCGGUGUUCUCAGACGCAGGACUACUUUUUUCCUCCAGCACCGGCCUCCAAACCGAAACCAGACAAGCACUGAAGUGUCCAGGAAGUGCCAGAAGGAGGCGCUCUGCUGAAAAGCUGCAGCGUAUAGCCCAGCUGGAGAGUCAUUACAAAGAGAAGCUGCAGCGCCGCUGCUGUAAGGACGGCCUCAGGGAGAUCCCCAUGCCGUACUCCUGCACGCGGCGCUCCCUCUACAUCACUGAGGGCUGGGAGUGCAUGAAGGCUUUCCGCUACUGCUGCGCCACCUACAGGAAUCAGGAGAUCUCUACAACCCCACCACCCUUUACAACACCUCUGCCCACCACCACCCCUGAUCCUUUUUCUGACUGCUUUGUUCAUUAUAUUGAAGGUGAACGUAUGGUGGCUUGUCCGAUGAAACCGGAAGCAGCCGCUCACCCUUCCAUGUUACCAGGAGUGGUAGGAGUAAGAGAAGAAGAGGAGCCAGACGAGUAUCAGGACGAGUCUGAAGUUAGUCUACGAUCCAAGUUCUACGAGUCUUGGCUGUGGACGGAUGUUAACCUGCCAACCCAGGCAGACGGAGAUGGGUUGGCGUCUAAAAAUGUGCAACACCCUUUACCUGACAGCAUCACGGAGUGGGGGAUUCUGGCUGUCAGUGCCUCACCUCAUACAGGAUUUUGUGUAGCAGAGCCUUACAACGUCAAAGCAUGGAAAAAUUUAUUUGUGGAUCUGAAGCUGCCAUACUCAGUGGCGAGGAACGAGCAGAUCGAGAUCAAGGCUGUGGUCCAUAACUACGGCUACGAAGACCUGUAUGUGAGGGUGGUUCUGAUGAAGACAGAGGGCAUGUGCAGCAUUGCCUUUAAAGACAGACACACACAGGAAGUGACGCUGGCAGCUGGUGCUUCUGUUGCGUUGCCUUACACCAUCGUACCGCUGGUGGUGGGGAAACUCCCUCUGGAGGUGAUGGUGGUAGCCAGAGGCGCAAUGGGAUCAGACUGCAUCCAGAAACUUCUAAAUGUGGUGAUGGAUGGAGUGCAGAAGACGGAAGUUUGGAGUGCCGUGUUGAACCCAGCAGCUGAGGGAGGAACUCAGACGGUUCGUGUGCCUAUGGCCAACCUGAAGUCUGUUGUGCCGAAAUCUGUACCAGAGACGUUCAUCAAUGUCAGAGGCAAUGUGUUGGCAGACAGCAUUGAUAACUCCAUCAGCGAGGACUCUCUGGCCUCCCUGAUCAGGAUGCCCGGCGGCUGUGUGGAGCAGAACUUGGCCAGCAUCACUCUGCCGCUCAUCGCCACCCUCUACCUGGAUACCACCGACAGCUGGGAGAGUGUCGGGGUGCAGCGCAAAGCUGAGGCUCUCCGCUACAUCAGGAGAGGCUAUCAGAAACAGCUGGCAUUCAGAAAGAGAGAUGGCUCUUACCCCCCCUAUAGGAAGAUGGGUUCAAGUACAUGGAUCACGGCGUACACGGUGAAAGUUUUCUCCAUGGCUUACUCUAUUGUUGGCAUCAAUGAGAAGGAUGUGUGCGACCCCCUGCGCUACCUUUCGAGGAAGACAUUUGUGGACAGAGGGACCUUUAAAGAGAACAAUCCAGUUUACAGCACCACCAUGACUGGCGGCCUGCGUGGAGAUGACCCCGAGAUAACCUUGACCGCCUUCGUCUUGGUAGCCCUCACUGAGGCCAAGCAGGCCAGGAUCAGCUGCAUUGGUUUUAUUGAAAUGGUACUUUUCAGUAAGACAGCUGAAUACCUGAAGAGAGCGCUGGAGACGACGGGGAGGAGGCCGUACACUGUGGCCAUCGCCUCCUACGCACUGGCUCUGCUGGGGAAAGAUCAUAACUACAACCCAACACAAUCUUUACUCAGUGCUGCAGCUCCAGGUGGCAGCCACUGGCCCGACAGUAAGAACACCUUGUUCACCUUGGAGGGGACCGGCUACGCCCUGCUGGCUCUGGUCAAGCUGGGACGCAUGGAGGAAGCUGCAGCGCCGUUUAAAUGGCUGAACAGCCAGCGGAGGAUAGGAGGGGGGUUCGGCUCCACUCAGUCCACCAUGGUGGUGCUUCAGGCUCUGUCAGAGUACCUGAUCCACAAACCUCCUCCUGCUGACCUCAGUCUGGACGUGGACGUCAGGUUAAGAGGACGCAAGGAAAUCCGUUACCAUUUCAACCCCGAGAAUUCCUACGCUGCUCGCUCCUCCAGGCUGCCUGCUGGUAUGGAUUUGGAAGUGCAGGCUCAAGGGAAUGGACAAGGAAUACUGGAGGUUGUGACUUAUUACAACCAGCUGCAUGAGGUGGAUGAAAAAAUGCCCUGCAAGGACUUUGAGCUCAAAGUCAACAUCGAAGAAUCCAGUGAAACACCUCCAGUAGAUGUACAAAAGUCCUACCAGAUCACCAUCAAAGUGCGGGCUUUAGGACCUACAGAUGUCCGGAUGGUGGUUCUGGAUAUCAGUCUGCCCACCGGCUUUACUCCAGAAAACUCCGACCUGGAGAGGUUGUCAAACUCUGUGGACCAUUACAUCAAUGACUUCAAGAUCGUUGAUAACCUGAGUGAAAGAGGCUCUCUGAUCAUCCACCUGUUCAAGGUGUCUCACAAAGAGCCAGAGAUCCUGAUCUUCAGGCUGCAGCAGAGGUUCAAAGUGGGCCUCCUGCAACCGUCCUCAGUCACCGUCUACGAGUAUUACAACCCAGAUCACCGCUGCACUCACACCUACACUCCCAGGGAGGACAGAGAGGAGCUCGCUCAGAUCUGCAGAGACAACGUCUGCCGCUGCACGCAGGGUGACUGCUGCACUCCAAAAAGCGACAGUGAAAACUUCCUGAACAAAGAAAGAGAGACGUUUGCCUGCACGACUCUCCACCACGUUUUCCAGAUGAAGGUGCUGAAUGUCACCCAGAGUUACUACGACAAAUACGAGAUGGAGAUCACAAAAGUUAUCAAGCUGGGUGUGGAGUCUGGAGUUGAGGUGGGUCAGAAGAGGGUCUUCAUGUCUCACGGAGGCUGCAGAGAUGACCUGAACCUGCAGCAGGGCUCCCAGUACCUCGUCAUGGGGCCCAAAGAGGACCAGUGGAACAUCGACUCUGACACCAACAGGUUCAUCUACAUGUUGGGGAAGGACACCUGGGUGGAGCGCUGGCCGACGCCUGCAGAGUGCUCCAGCAGUCCUGAACUGCAAGCUAAAUGCAAGAGCCUCCAUGAUACUGCAGAGGAACUCUCUGUCAACUCCUGCAGGCUGUAGAGCUGUGUGAGAGGCAGCUGCACACCUUCACCUGUGCCACUGUGAAGACAACUGUACACAUGAAGAUGCAAAGAUCAUUUUAGGGCUAAAGCCUGUAGAAAAGGGAUUGAAUAACAUGUUGUUUGUGUUUCAAAAUGUAAAGAAUUAACUGUAGGUGCAGUUUUGUUUGUCAACCCACACCCAUAACGUUUUUUCUUUACUGUAAUGAUAUCAUGAAUGUCAGGGAAUAAUUGUCCAUACAUGUUUACCUUUUGCCCUCUGACGCAGAUGACCAACCUUGGCAACUGUUAUAUCCCUUAAGGAGGGGCUGCCUUAGCCAUUUGUUGUUGUUACCAGUUUAUGACUGGGCAACUCUCGGUCAGAGAUAGUUUAUUGUUAUGGGGACAUAUGGAACACUUCCUUCUCGGGGUUUGAUGAACCCAAGGUGUGAAAUCUUCGAGGCUCUGCAAGUAAUUCAGUGUCCCCAGCUGUUUAGUCUAUCUAGUGAAUAAUGUUGAUUACCCUGAGCAAACUAGUUUAAAACAUCUACCAGAGGAAGUUUUCUUCAGAAUUGAUUGUGGCAUCUCAACCGUGUGGUCAGACCGUGACCCUUUGACAUGUCUUGUGAAUUCUCCGGC